GUUUAAAUCAAAUGCAUCAAUUUUAUACUGCCUUAAGGGAGUAACUAAACAAUUUAGGGUGUAUUUGGGGUGUAGUUGCUGGUCACGAAAGAAAAAAAGAAACACCCUAACUCGGAAAAAAAAAAAAGAAAGAAAGAAAGAAAAGAAAAAAAAAGAAAGGAAAAAAGGCAACCUGAGGCGCAAGGUUUAAUCGUGUUCUCAGAUUUACGCCCCAGGGCACAUAAAAUAAACUUCCUUAGCUUCUUCGCAUGCACCCAGGGAGUCCCUGUGCCCAGAGCUUAGAGCAGCAUGGUGGCUGUACCUGACAGCUGCUGGGAGGGCACUAGGCCCUGGAGCCUGGGGAGGAGGAGCCAUAGGCGGGACCGACUGGAAACAGCCACCUCAGCAAAGCGGCAGGAUUUCCGCAGGGUGAGGGCCGCUGUCGCCCGGAAGAAAAGGUUCCUGUAGCAAAUGUCUCGUGAUUACCUUGGGAGCUCUGUUUCGCCAGCUGAAACUGCGGAGGAAAGAAGGAUCUAGCGAAAUAUGGCUACGGAGGGUCCUGCCACGCGUCGAGUGCAAGUGGCAGAACAUCCCAGCUUCCAUGCAUUUGAAUUUCAAAGGGAGGAAUGUUGAAUGAUUGCUGAAGCUAAAGGAGAUGUUUAACUCUAAGUUUGGAUCCAUUCCCAAGUUUUAUGUUCGAGCACCAGGAAGAGUCAACAUAAUAGGAGAACAUAUAGAUUAUUGUGGAUAUUCUGUUCUUCCUAUGGCUGUAGAACAAGAUAUGUUAAUAGCUGUGGAACCUGUGAAAACACAAACUCUUCAACUAGCCAAUACAAAUCCCUUAUACCCGGACUUCAGUACUAGUUCUAAUAAUAUUCAGAUUGACAAAACCAAGCCUCUGUGGCACAACUAUUUCCUAUGUGGAUUUAAAGGAAUUCAGGAACACUUUGGUCUUAGCAACCUGACUGGAAUGAAUUGCUUAGUGGAUGGAAACAUCCCACCAAGUUCUGGACUCUCCAGCUCCAGUGCUUUAGUCUGUUGUGCUGGCUUGGUGACACUCACAGUGCUGGGAAUGAACCUAUCUAAGGUGGAACUUGCGGAAAUCUGUGCCAAGAGUGAGCGUUAUAUUGGCACUGAAGGAGGAGGGAUGGACCAGUCCAUAUCAUUUCUUGCAGAAGAAGGAACUGCCAAGUUGAUAGAAUUUAGUCCUCUGAGGGCAACUGAUGUGAAACUCCCAAGUGGAGCAGUAUUUGUGAUUGCCAACAGUUGUGUGGAAAUGAAUAAGGCAGCAACUUCUCAUUUCAAUAUCAGGGUGAUGGAGUGUCGGCUGGCUGCAAAGCUCCUGGCAAAGUACAGAGGUUUGCAGUGGGGUAAAGUACUACGACUAGAGGAGGUGCAAACCAAACUGGGGGUCAGUCUGGAAGAAAUGCUGUGGAUCACAGAGGAUGCCCUUCACCCCGAGCCCUAUAGCCCUGAGGAGGUCUGCAGGUGUCUGGGAAUUAGCCUGCAGGAGCUUCGAACCCAAAUUCUGAGUCCAAACACUCAAGAUGUGCCCAUCUUCAAACUCUACCAGCGGGCCAAGCACGUGUACAGCGAGGCCGCGCGGGUGCUCCAAUUUAAGAAGAUAUGUGAAGAAGCACCUGACGACACGGUCCAGCUGCUGGGAGAGUUAAUGAACCAGAGCCAUGCGAGUUGCCGGGACAUGUACGAGUGCAGCUGCCCCGAGCUGGACCAGCUGGUGGACAUCUGUCGGAAGUUUGGGGCUGAAGGGUCACGACUUACUGGAGCAGGAUGGGGAGGCUGCACAGUAUCACUUGUACCUGCUGACAAGCUGACCAGCUUCCUAGCAAACGUGCACCAAGCUUAUUACCAGAGGAGCGACCGAAACUUAACAUUUGAGAAGCAGAGUUUGUUUGCUACCAAACCUGGAGGCGGGGCUUUGGUUUUCCUUGAGGCCUAA